AUGUCCCAGUUAAGAAGAGAAUUAAAUAAAACUGGAGGUGGUCCUAAACCACCAUCUCCUUCUCCUGAGGUAUUAGAGAUAGCAAAAAUGAUUCCCCUUGAGUUAGAAGUGGAUUACAAUGAAUUUGACAGUGAUGGUGUAAAGGAAUCUGUAGUGGCCCAGAAUGUUGAAGUAGAAGAAUUAAAUUACCCUACUACUUCAUUUGUGGAAUCUGCAGUGGCCCAGAACAUUGAAGUAGAAGAUUUAAAUUAUCCUAGUACUUCAUUUGUGGAAUCUGUAGUGGCCCAGAAUGUUGAAGUAGAAGAUUUCAAUUACCCUAGUACUUCAUUUGGGACAUCCACGAAUACUUUUAAUUUUUCUAAGGCUUCAUAUGAUGAUAUGCACCAUUUUAGGGUCCGGGAGGACAAACGCUUGAUGUAUCAACAUAAGCUAAGAAUAAAGCAGAUGUCUGAGCAACAUGCUCAGACUAUGAAAAAUUUAAAGCUUCAGGAGGAUAUUCUAAAAAAGAAAAAGGAAGAAAAUAUAUAA